AUGAGUGGUCAACUUCACUCUGAAUCUUCCGAACCAUGCUCGAGGGAAUCGUUUGAGAUCAUACAAGACUUUUGUGAAGGCUGCAAACAUACCCAUGAUACUCCCCCUGAGCAACAAAACCAGGCAGUUCCUCUAAAAAGUGGAAGCAAUUUUAGAAGAAGACUGAAGUCUACCAUUUGGGACUUUCUUAGGCUAUCCACAUCAGCAACUCUUCUAUCGUUGAUCCACAUCAGCUUUGGUGGUUACUACAGAAUUUUUGAUCCUUCAACUGCCUGGUGGGCUGCGGCAGUUAUUCCUGUGGAAGUUUCACCCUCACAGCUUCUCAUGCUAUUGCAAAUCGUUUCAAUCCACCCAUUAAUCUUCUCAAUUGAAGUAACCCUAACAUUAGAUGGUAGCUCCUUCAACACCAACAAUCACAGAGAAAUAUUGAAAGCAAUUGAAGUUGUCGAACGAGAUUCCUUCGCCAUUGCUCAGAGCUUCACCUCCGUCUUCGAAGCACUCCGAUUGUCCCUCUCUCAAUCCACCGACACCUCAUAUCAUCAUAUUCAAUGCUUCACCGACGCCGCCGGUCAUCUUGAAGAAUCCGUGCUUGAUGCAGCAACUAAAGGGAAUCGAUAUAUAAAUUCGUGUCUCAAGUUAAGCAUAGAUGUCAUUUACAAGUCACAAAUAGGGUACCAACCAAAAUAUCUGAUACGACGACAUUACCGUGGAUCCGACGUUUUCAUCGGUUUUAUAGAGAUGUGCGAUUUUCCGGUGGUAGAUCAAUUGUGCUGCGUUUCCGGUGGCGAGUUUGGUGGUGUCGGGUUCGAUAUGGUUGAAGCACUCCGAUUGUCCCUCUCCCAAUCCACCGACACCUCACUACAUCAUAUUCAAUGCUUCACCGAUGCCGUCGGUCAUCUUCAAGAAUCCGUGCUUGAUGCAACAACUAAAGGGAAUCGAUAUAUAAAUUUGGGUCUCAAUGAAAGAGAGUAUCAGAGAGGAGACAAGAUUGCAUGGUACGCUGAUGGUGAUAAGAUUGUGAGGUACAUAAUGUUUGAGGUAUUGAUGUGGAGUCUACAUAUUAUCGCGAAUUGCAAAAUUGCAAAGGAGGAGCGCAGAGCAGCCGUUGGGUUUCGCUUGAAAAAAAGGGAAAAAUGGCCUUCUCAGGCUAAUUUGAACAUGAAUGAGCCAGCCAUACAUGGAUUGCUGCCUGGUGAAUUUGCUGACGAUUUUGACAACUGGAAAUCAGCUGUUCAAAACUAUUGGUCACUCCUUUGACCUCUAAGAUUUUCUGAUCAUCCAAAGAGGGUUGGUGAUAAGGACUUCGUCACCUUACAACAUACAACAUGUUCAGAAAUACUCUAGACAUGAAUGCUAAUUUCGGUGGCUUUAACUGUGCAUUAUUACACUGCAACAACAUUUAAGUAUGCAUUUGAUUACAAACCAUCUGAUGUCUACUGGUGCACAACGGAUUGUGGUUGGAUUACUGGGCACAGCUAUGUCACUUAUGGACCCAUACUCAAUGGUGCAACUGUUGUUCUGUAUGAAGGGGCUCCCAAUUAUCCUGAUGCUGGGCGUAGUUGGAACAUUAUUGAUAAAUUUAAAGUAUCAAUAUUCUACACUGCCCCUACAUUGGUGCGGUCCCUCAUGCAAUAUGGUGAUGAGGUAAGAUACAUCUAUGCUUACUCGAUACCUUCCUGAAAAAUUAUUUGUAAUGGUGAAAAAAUGCUCCUACACAUGGAAAAGAAUUGAAAGUAAAACAUUGCAGAAGAAUGUAUACAAUAUCAAACAGGACUGGAAGCAUCAUUAGUAUAAUUAGUGGUUCCUUAAGCCUUUCUUGCCCCUUUUGUUCCACCCCACAUGUAUGAUGCAAGCAGCAGGGUUCUCCCUUUUCCCAUUUGUGUUGCUUUACGCAUAUGGAACCUUGAAGAUAUUCAGUAGUUUGGGUCAAUAAUCUCUCUUAUUACUACUUCCAUUUAUGGGAUCAGGCCGUUUCGCAGGUCCUUUGGGACUGGUGUGAAGAGCUUCACAUACGGCAGGUUAUGUUAUUUAGACACCGGUUAGCUUGAUGUAUAUGGCUGCUGAGAUAAUGUGACGGUCAUUGAAUCCGAAUGGAAUCGUCCCUGUUUCGAAUAAUGUCUGAACUGAGUGUAUGUGUUUAUGAGUUUUAUAUGAGUUUUUACUUUGGAAUGUAUAUGUUGUAUAUGUAUGUUUUUUUGGCUUUCGAUGUGUGAAACUGUUUGAAUGCGGGGCUGCUAGGGAUUAGAAGAUAGUUUGGUUUUUCCGUACAUGAUGGUAAGGUUGCAAGUUAGCAAACUAAACUGAAACUUUGAAUUUGCUAGGACUCGGUUAAAAUACUUGACGUAGCGUAUCUAAGAUAGUAUGGACAGCCCUUUAGGAUGUUAGGUGAAAAAUUCCAUGAGUCGCUCGAUAGGUUUUGUAUGGUAUAUAGGCUGACUGUUAGUGGAUUUAAAUGAUGUGCAGGAGUUUGAUGUUUGUGUGGACCAUGAUCGAUACGAUGCAAGCUGCGGUUCUGAUUUGGUUUUCUAUGUUCUACUACAGAUUUUGGCACUGUGAUGCAGGGUGGUACUGACACGGAUUGGUUUACGAUAAAGGACAAUAACAUAGAGUAGCAAAUUCUGAUAAAACUUUCUCUAAGCAUUUAUGAUUAUGAGGUACUAUCCUUUUAUGCAUUACUUUAUUCAUGUGAAUUGUGUGAAGAAACUAAUGCAGGCAAUGAAGGCUAGACAGAGGUUAUUUGAUGUUCAAUUUUCAGCAGAGAAUAGAAUGGUAUGAUAUGGUUGAGCAUAUGUCUUGGUGUAUCUGACUAGGAAUCUCAGUACUAUUCUAAUAAAAGAAUAAAAUGUUGAGCAAUAUGUCAGUUUUACUAGCACUGGUGCAAUGAAAUCCAGUUGUUAUUUAUGUCGUAUUAAUAAGUGAAAAGAACUUGGUCUCCAUAGAUAUUGUAUUUUAUUUUAUUUUAUUUUUAUUCUAUAAAGUUCUAAAACUACAAACAAGAAUAUACAGGAACGUGGAUGAAAAACAGAUCGAAUGAAAACAGCGGCUCUCUCGAUCAGAAGAACAAGCUGUUGAAGCCAGAUCCAAUGGUGCUGGUGACAAAACUUUUGGAGAGGAAAACAUUCAAAGACACUGGAAAACAGUUCAAUGUGUUAGCAGCAAGUUGGAUUCAGUUUAUGAUACAUGAUUGGAUUGAUCAUUUGGAGGACACUCAACAGAUUGAACUCACUGCAUCUUCUGAAGUUGCAAGCCAAUCCCGUCUAAAAUCCUUUAAAUUCUUAAAAAUAAAGGAAAUUCUCAGAGGAUCCUAUGAUAUUAAGACUUGAUUAUGAAGGUUCUGUGCAUUUGGAAGAACUGAAUAGUUUCCUUACCAACACCAACAUCACUGUCUCCAGUCUCACUUAUGUCCCAGCCAACAUCUGCUACCACUAAAGCAUUGGUUGUUUUUGGAAAUGGGUACCCUUCCAGUUCAGCUUUGGACGGCGACUUUUUCUCUUCUGCCGCAUCCUAAAGUAAUUGAUGAAUUGUUGGAUACCAUUAUAUCAAAUAUUUUGUUUUGUUUUCAAUUAAAUAUUCUGUAAUAUUAUUUAUUUUUUUGUUAUUUCUUAUUCAUAAUUAUAAUUAUAUUUAGUAGGAAACAUUAAUGCCAUUAUAAUUAUAUCUUGCAAUUGGCUAAUUAUAGUUUGUUAGAUAUGGUAGUUAGUUAUUUGUUAGGAAUGUGUUAGUUGGAAUUUUAGGAUGUUUAGAAACUGUUACAAAGCUGUUAGUUAACAGUUGGGUUUGAAAAAACAGUUAGAGAUUAGUUAUUUAAAAGAGUUUAGUUAAAACUAUUAGGAAUAGAAACUGUUAGGUUAGGCUGAAAUGUUAAAAACUAUUAGAGUUAGUAGGGUUAGUUAUGAAGUCAAGGCUGAAGUGAGGCAUUUGUGCGGUACCGGGAACGUGUAGAUUCACGUGUGUUUGAGUAGGUUCAUAUGGUAACAUAGCAUAUGCAUUGCAAUGCUCAUAGGAUAAUUAAAAAAUCCUAAUCAAAUUAAAAAAUAGUUUAAUUCUUAUUUAAUUUCAUUAAUUUAAAUGCAUUUAAAUUUAUAAUGAGAAUAAAGAAAAAUUGAACCGUC